AUUCCCGGCUGUGCUGGCCCUGCCUCCUCCUCCUCCCGCUCCCACAUCUGCAGCUGGAAAUGCAAUUUGAGGCGCUGGCUGGGCUGGGCGCCGGCCGGGAGUGGGAGUGGGAGGAAGGCGCUGGGGGAAGCCAGAGGAAGCUGGAGAGCGGGGGGCUGCGUGGCAGGGCCAGCAGCACGGACAGGGGGGCGCAGAGCCACCGGGCAUCACCGGCAGCCACGGGCAGGAGGGCAUCGCCACAGCGGCAGGAGCCAGCGCCCCAGCUGGCACAGCUGGAGCCAGAAGGGGGUGGCUGGACCAAGGGGUCCCCAGCCUGUGCCGUCCCCCCCAAGCCGGGAAGGCGAGGCCACCAUGGCGAUGCUCCUGGAGCCCGGGAUGCAGAGUCUCCGGAUGGGUGCCAACAGUGAGCAGUGCCCUACGCCAUCCCCCCCCGGCUCCCCAGGGACACCUCAUGACAGCUGCAGCAUCGCCCCGCUGACACCCUCCCAGUCACCGAGGAGCGAGGCUCGCUCCCAGAAAACUGCUUCCUUCGCUGUGGUGGUGGCCAUUGACUUCGGCACCACAUCCAGUGGCUACGCCUUCAGCUUCUCCAGCGACCCCGAGGCCAUCCACAUGAUGAGGAAAUGGGAAGGAGGGGACCCCGGGGUGGCCAACCAGAAGACCCCCACCAGCCUCCUGCUGACACCGGAGGGCAUCUUCCACAGCUUUGGCUACACUGCCAGGGACUACUACCACGACCUGGACCCCGAGGAAGCCCGUGACUGGCUCUACUUUGAGAAGUUUAAGAUGAAGAUUCACAGCACCAGCGACCUCACCAUGAAAACCGAACUAGAAGCUGUCAAUGGGAAGAAGAUGCAAGCACUGGAGGUGUUUGCCCACGCGCUCCGCUUCUUCAAGCAGCACGCUGUGCAGGAGCUGAAGGACCAGUGUCCGUCCCUGCCCGAGAGAGAUGCCAUCCGCUGGGUGAUCACCGUGCCUGCCAUCUGGAAGCAGCCGGCCAAGCAGUUCAUGCGGGAGGCGGCCUACAAGGCUGGUUUGGUGUCCCCGGAGAACCCAGAGCAGCUGCUGAUUGCGCUGGAGCCCGAAGCCGCUUCCAUUUAUUGCAGGAAACUUCGCCUCCACCAGCUGAUCGACCUGAGCUGCAAGCCCCCGGCUAACGGGCUGGCGCCAGACCACUCCAUCGACUCCAGCUUUCGGCAGGCCCGAGAGCAGCUCCGGCGGUCCCGGCACAGCCGCACCUUCCUGGUGGAGUCGGGAGUGGGGGAGCUCUGGUCAGAAAUGCAGGCAGGUGACCGGUACAUCGUAGCGGACUGCGGUGGUGGCACGGUGGACCUCACCGUCCACCAGAUCGAGAAGCCGCAGGGAACACUGAAGGAGCUGUACAAAGCCUCAGGGGGUCCCUACGGGGCCGUGGGGGUGGACCUGGCCUUCGAGAAGCUGCUGUGCCACAUUUUUGGGGAGGAUUUCAUCGCCACCUUCAAGGCCAAGCGUCCCGCCGCCUGGGUGGACUUAACCAUCGCCUUUGAAGCCCGCAAGCGGGCGGCAGCCCCAUCCCGCGCCAGCCCCCUCAACAUCUCCCUGCCCUUCUCCUUCAUUGACUUCUACCGCAAGCACCGGGGCCAGAACGUGGAGACAGCUCUCAAGAAGAGCAAUGUCAACUUUGUGAAGUGGUCAUCCCAAGGGAUGCUGCGGAUGUCCUCAGAGGCCAUGAGCGAGCUCUUCCAGCCCACCAUCAACCAGAUCAUCAAACACAUUGAUGACCUCCUGAAGAAACCGGAGGUCCAAGGCAUCAAGUUCCUCUUCCUGGUGGGAGGCUUCGCGGAGUCGGCCAUGCUGCAGCACGCCAUCCAGGUGGCCUUCGGCCCUACCUGCCGCGUCAUCAUCCCCCAAGAUGUGGGGCUGACCAUCCUCAAAGGGGCCGUGCUCUUCGGCCUCGACCCCACCAUCGUCCGCGUCCGCCGCUCCCCCCUGACCUACGGCGUCGGGGUGCUCAACAAGUUUGUGGAGGGGAAGCACCCUCGGGAGAAGCUGUUGGUGAAGGAGGGCAAGAACUGGUGCACCGACAUCUUUGAGAAGUUCGUCUCUGUUGACCAGUCUGUGGCGCUGGGGGAAGUGGUCCAGCGCAGCUACUGCCCAGCCCGGCUGGGCCAGCGCAAAACCAUCAUCAACAUCUACUGCUGUGCCACCGAUGACGUGGUCUACAUCACCGACCCCGGUGUACGCAAAUGCGGCACAAUCAGCCUGGAGCUGGAGGCACUGGGUGAUGCUGGCAGCCUGGCCCACGGCCGCCGUGAAAUCCGUGCCAGCAUGCAAUUUGGGGACACGGAGAUCAAGGUCACUGCCAUGGACAUCCGCACCUCCAAGACGGUCCGAGCCACCAUUGAUUUCCUCUCCAACUGAGCCCCCUUGCCUCACCGCAGGGCAGUGCAGGGAGGGACGGGGACGCUGGGAGCCUGCCACCCGCCACGGCCCCCCAUCAGCACCCACACUGGGCUCCAGCCCCCCCAUGGCUGCACGGAGCCGGGCAGCAGGAACCACCAGCUCACAGCUCCAGCUGAGCAGCCAGCAGCCCCCCCUGCCCCCUUGCAGCCCCCCCUUCACACGGGACACCCAGGCAGUGCUGCCCCAGGCCUGCGCCUCCCAUGGAAAUGGAGGGGUCCCCCUGCCAGAAAGGGUGACUGCAGCCCCAGCACAGUCAAGCAAGGCAGGAGGUGCAGUGCCCAGCCAAGCCAGGGCUAGGGGGUCAGGCUGCCCCCCAAGCACGGUUCAGGGCCACCACCGCCCCCCGAUCCCCUGAGAAUACCCACGCACACACUUUCCAUAAUCCCACAUUUCUAUUUUUUAUAUAUAUAUGUUGCACGUCACCCUUGCAGCUGCCAUCCCACGAGCCGUAGAGCUUGACGUGGUCAGUGCAGCCCAGCGAGGGCUGGGACAGUGGCACAAGGGGGGGGAUGACUCACUCACCCCCUCCCAGCCCCCCCUUAACAGGGGCCAGGGCCAUUUGCAGCAUGAAGCACGAAGCCCCUCGCCCUUUUCAGGGCCACUGGGGGUUAUCCAUGCCCACCCGCUGCCGCGGGGAUGGGCUCAUGCAGCCCCUUGCAGUUCUGGGGUGUACAAACAAAUGUAUGUGACCACCUGCCCCCCAUGCCAGCCCUGGGGGUGUCCCCUGUCCUCCCACUCUCCUCUGCAGGUUUUAAUCUGGUUGCAGCCACC